AAAUGAUAUAAGUUGUGUCAUUUAAAAGGAUAAAUAUUUUUUCCAUAUAUAUACAUAAGGUGUAACUUACACUAGUGUAAAAUGUUCUUGACCCUAUAUAUAUAUAUGGGAAAAAAGUAUCUAAUGUUACUUUAGACAACCUUGUCUAAUGUUCGUUUGAGGUUGAAAAAUUAAAAAAUUAAAAAUUAUAUAACACGUUAUUAAAGUGGGAAUUGAACUUUCCUCGUAUAGCAAAUGGUUAGAUGCUCAAGCACACCACAACCAACCCAUUAGUUUGGCAUGUGAUCCUCGCUGCUCCGAUUCUUAUCUCACAUCCACCGCUGCUGGCUCGUGCUUGCAGUUGAAGCUAUUUGAAUGGCGGUUCACGAUGAUCCCAUGGUGGUUCCGAACCUAUCUCCGCCCAAUACCUACGAAGCUGUGGUCAACGGUGGCACCUUUGACCGAUUGCACGACGGCCACCGCCUCUUUCUCACCGCUUCAGCGGAGUUGGCAAGGCGUCGGAUUGUGAUUGGAGUUUGCGAGGGGCCUAUGCUGGCAAAGAAGCAGUUCGCUGAACUGAUACAGCCCAUUGAGGAAAGGAUACAUAAUGUCAAGACUUUCAUAAAGUCUAUCAAACCAGAGUUGGAAGUGCAAGCUGUACCAAUCACAGAUCCGUAUGGCCCUUCCAUUGUGGAUGAAAAUUUAGAGGCUGUGAUUGUAAGCAAAGAGACAUUACCGGGUGGAUUGGCAGUAAACAGAAAAAGAGCUGAAAGAGGCCUUUCACAGUUAAAGAUUGAAGUUGUAGAUUUACUCUCUGGAGAAUCCGGUGAAAUUAAGCUGAGUUCAUCAAUGUUGCGAAAGCUUGAGGCUGAAAAGGCCAAACAACAGACGUAGUUACAAAAAAUUUGUUGAACCUUUUUUUGUUGGAUUUUGCAAAAUUUUGCAAAGAUGAAUGAUCUGAUGACUAAAUCGUUCCUAAGUUAUGUUGAACUGAAGAAGCACGUUCAGAAGGAACUUGAAGACGAUCUUGACAUUGAGGCAGGUCAACUCAACCCCAUAGAAGACCAUAACCUCUCUCAGUUCUUCCAAGAAGUUGAAGCAAUCAAGGUUGAAAUGGAAGAGAUCACCAAUCUCUUAUUUGAUCUUCAGCAACUGAAUGAAGAGACAAAGUCCACUCACAGUGCCAAAGUUCUACGUGGGUUAAGAGACCGCAUGGAGUCUGACAUGGUUGCCGUGCUUCGCAAGGCAAAGAUUAUCAAGGCAAGGCUUGAGGUUCUUGAUCAAUCCAACAUGGCCAAUCGCAGCAUAUCAGAAUCCUUCAAAGAGGGAAGCCCCGUUGAUAGGACAAGAUUAUCUGUCACAAAUGGUUUGAGGGUAAAGCUUAGGGACAUGAUGAAUGAUUUUCAGUCCUUGAGAGACAAGAUUCUUUCAGAUCACAAGGAAGAUUUGAAGAGAAGAUACUAUACGGUAACUGGUGAGGUUCCCAGCGAGGAGGUCAUGGAGAAGAUGAUUUCAGGAAGUCUCAAAGUUGAGUUUUUGGCUGGGAAAACUGAGGCUGAUUUGGGUACUCAGGUUAGGCAUGAGGCUGUGUUGGAUAUCCAGAGGAGUUUGAAUAAGCUUCACCAGGUUUUUCUUGAUAUGGCUAUUCUGGUUGAGACACAAGGAGAACACUUGGAUAACAUUGAGGAUAAUGUGGUUAAUGCGGGUAACUUCAUUCAUGGUGGAACUAAUAGUCUUUACUAUGCUAACCAGAUGAAGAAAAGGAACAAAAAAUGGGUCUAUUGGGUUUUUGCUGUGGGGUUGAUCAUACUGCUGGUGUGCAUCAUUGCAACGUUGUCUUCUUGA